GCGCAGAACGAUGUCAGCACUCUAUUUGACCUCGAGCGAGGUUUGGGGCAUUGAAAGGGUUCGGAGUGGGAUAUCGAAUAUUCUGACAUCCUCUCCUGAGAGGUCCUUGUAAGUUGAUAUUUCCUACGCUUCAGGUGCUUUGCUGUAUCCUUCCCUGAAGAGCAUCGUCAUUUAGAGAGGCUCUUGGAAGCUGUACGGUCAAAGGUCCUUCACAGCUGGGACAAUGUUUGGCCAAGAGUCUUUACUGCCUGGCAUCAGCAACCAGCUUGCGCUUGGUGGCAUUGUAAUUGCAAUUGCUCUGUAUACUCUCUAUCAUAUUUCCACGGCAACAGAUAUCCCAUACAUCAAAGGCAUACCUGAGAUCCCGGGCGCUCUACCAGUCACUGGCCACUUGCUCCAGCUCGGCGAUGACCACGCGACCAUCUGUGAGUCCUGGUGGCGCAAAUACCGAACAAGCGUCUUCCAGAUCCGUCUUGGGAAUACCAGAGCUGUGGUUGUGAACUCAUUCGACGAUGCAAAGCGCAUGCUGAUCGGUCACCAAUCCGCCGUUAUCGACCGGCCAACCCUCUAUACAUUCCAUGGGAUCAUAAGCAGUACGAAGGGGUUCACUAUUGGUAGCAGUCCUUGGGAUGAAAGCUGCAAGAAUAAACGCAAGGCUGCUGGCCAAGCAUUGGGAAGGCCGAAGCUCAAGGAUUAUUUCGAUAUGUUUGACUUGGAGUCAUACUGCAUUGUCCGAGACCUUGUGCGGGACUCAAACAAUGGAGCAACUGAAAUCUCUGUCCGGCCGUAUAUUCAGCGUUAUGCCUUGAACACGACAUUGACCCUUUGUUACGGCAUUCGAAUGGAUCAUGUUUAUGACAGCAUGUUGAGGGAAAUUCUUGAGGUGGGCUCCGCCAUCAGCUUGCUGAGGAGUGCGAGCGAGAAUUACCAGGACUACAUACCAAUCCUGAGAUAUCUGCCGAAUAACGAGAAAAAUAGGAGAAGUAGAGAAUUAAGAGAUCGGAGGGACAAAUACCUAAAUGCCUUGCUGGAUCAAGUCAGGGAAAUGAUCAAGAAUGGGACGAACAAGCCUUGUAUCUCAGCUGCGAUUCUGAAAGACCAGGAGACAAAACUCACAGGAGUUGAAGUUUCCAGCAUCUGUCUCUCGCUGGUAUCUGGAGGGUUUGAAACGAUACCUGGGACAUUGACAUCUUGCAUCGGCUCACUUUCGACUCCAGAGGGCCAAAUCUUUCAGGAGAAGGCGUACAAAGACAUCAAACGCUUUUAUCCUGACGUCAGAGAUGCCUGGAGGAACAGCUUCCAAGACGAGAAAAUCCCCUAUGUCAAUGCUAUUAUUAAGGAAGCUGCACGGUAUUACACUGUCUCUGCCAUGUCUCUUCCGAGGAAAACUGUCAGUGAGGUCAUCUGGGAUGGAGCAAAGAUCCCUGCCAAAACAAUGAUUUUGAUAAACGCCCAGGCGGCGAACCAUGACGUUGAUCACUUUGGUCUUGACGCUGCUACCUUUAAUCCUGAGCAAUGGCUCACUUCUGACGGUACAAUCGACCCUGCUUCUGAGAAAGUCAGCUCAGGAAUUCAGCACUUUUCGUUCGGUGCGGGAUCUCGGGCUUGCUCAGGUCAACUCAUUGCCUCACGCCUUCUGUACACAGCACUGGUUCGCCUUAUUUGCAGCUACAGGAUCGUGGCGAGUGAAGAGCAACCCCCAAAUACAGACUACGUGGAUUACAACCAAUUUAAGUCAGCUCUCGUAGCUAUUCCAAGAGAUUUCAAGGUCAAGCUGAUUCCACGGGAUGGUAUGGACAAUGCAUCUGAAAUCGGCACAUUGGAGAGAUGUUUAGAGGAGGCAAGGAUGCGAACUGAGGACUACUACAAGGAAGAACAGGGGGUCAGUAUCUAGGGACAAGGCUGAGUUGAAGCAUGUGGCAGCAGCAUCACCCAACCUAGCCGCCCAUGUCCCAUAUCAAAAUCAGAAGAAAAUGGAAAACUAUUCCUGGCCAGCAAGUUUGCUGUAGCACUUUGCCAAACAUCUGUAAUUAAUACUGCAUUUUCUCUUACGGCAGGAAUCAUUCGCUCGC